AUGGACCACGAUACCCCUAUCGCAGUUAUUGGCCUCUCGUACCGUGCACCCGGUAUUGGGAGGAAGGGUCUUUGGGAAUACCUAGAGCAGGCUAGAUCCGCGUGGACUAAGUUUCCAGCAGACAGGUUUGACCAACCUGCAUAUUAUAAACCCGGCGGUGAUAGAUCCGGAGUUUUUCGGGCCGAGGGAGCGCAUUUCCUCCCCGAAGACAUUUACGCCUUCGAUGCUGGCUUCUUCCACAUGAGAGCCGAAGAGGCUCGAACUUCAGAUCCACAACAUCGGUUAAUGCUGGAGUGCGCUUUGGAAGCUGCCGAGGAUGCCGGCAAGAGUCUACUUGAUCUUGCUGGAAAGAAGAUUGGUGUGUUCAUCGGAUCUGGACAGCAUGAGUACUCACAACGCCUGGGUGACGAUCACCACGCUGCCAACACAUUCUCCGCUACGGGCGUUGCACCAUGCAUGGUUUCAAACCGCAUCUCUUACUUUUUUGACAUUGACGGCCCGAGUGUCGCUUUGGACGCUGCGUGUGCAAGCAGUGUGUAUGCAGCGCACCAGGCAGUCUCGGCUUUGCGAAAUAAUGAAUGUAGCGCUGCGUUUGUUGGGGCAGCGGCUUUGUCUCUUGGCCCUGGUGGAUGGCUCGCGCUUGAAAAGACCGGGGCUUUGUCAGCACAUGGAAGAAGUUACUCGUAUGACGAGAAAGCCGCGGGUUUUGGCCGUGGUGAAGGCGCGGCAUGUCUGCUCAUCAAGCGCAUGGAGGAUGCUAUGAGAGACGGCGAUCCUAUUCAGGCCGUCAUUAGAAGUUCUGCCUGCAACCAUGGCGGACGCAGUGAAGGAAUUACAAUGCCGAACGGCUUGGCCCAUCGGAAGCUGCUGAAAACGGUACAUGAGAUGGCAGGGUUGGAUCCCUCUCAGACGCCUGUCGUGGAAGGUCACGGAACUGGCACUGCUGCUGGUGAUCCCAUCGAGGCUGGCGCAUUUGCAGCUGUGCUAGGCAAGGAUAGAACUUCCUCGAAUCCUAUUUACAUUGGAUCUGUGAAAUCCAAUUUUGGUCAUCUUGAGGGAGCCAGUGGUGUUCUCGGCAUGGUCAAAGCCAUCCUGAUGAUAAAGAACGGCGUGAUCUUGCCCACAGCAGGAUUCGAAAGCAUGAAUCCUAGAAUACAAGGAAAGGAUAAGCUGGUGGUGCCCGCGACUCCAGUGCCAUGGCCAGCGGGAGAGCCAAGACGAGUCCUGGUGACUAAUUUUGGCUUUGGAGGGAGCAAUUCAGCGAUCAUUCUGGAAGAGGCGACGGCUUUCUUGAAAGGAGAGUCCAAUGGCACAAGUGAUGCCGGCAGAACCAACGGUACAAACGGGACUAAUGGAAUUCAUGGUGCCAACGGUAAUUCUUCUGCCAACGGUACUAACGGGGUCGAUGGUUCCAAUGGUACUAACGGCGUUCAUGUUACCAAUGGCACCAAUGGCACCAACGGAGCAGCAAAUGGUGCAAAUGGUGCUCACCAUACCAAUGGCAUUAACGGUGCUAACGGUACCAAUGGUGUUGAUGGUGUCAAUGGUACCAACGGCGCCAACGGUAGCAAUGGUACUAAUGGUACUAAUGGUACCAAUGGUGUACAUCAUGGAACUGAGACUAACGGCAAAGAUGAGACUUCUCAUGAUCCGCGACUAUUCGUCUUCUCUGCUCGAACUGAGAAGAGUCUCACUUCCUACCUGUCCGACUUCGACGAAUACCUCGAAGAGGCUCCAGAAUCCGAGGAAUUCACCAACAACCUCAGCUACACGCUUGGACAGCGCCGCACUCAAUUUCCAUACCGUGUCUCUGCUGUCGCGGAGUCUGCAGAAGCUCUCCAAGAGAAACUGUCAAGUGCCAAACCAAUUCGCGCCAAGGAUCAGACCAUCGCAUUUGCUUUCACUGGACAAGGAGCACAAUAUGCUCAAAUGGCCACCGGGUUGCGCAAAUACAAGGUAUUUGCAGACGCCAUCGACAAAGCGGAGGAGCAUCUGCAGGCCAUGGGAGCAUCGUGGAGUUUGACUGAGGAGCUCAACAAGUCGCAGUCUGAGUCUCGCGUGGACGAAGCUGAGAUCAGCCAGCCGGCAUGUACUGCAGUUCAACUCGCUCUCGUAUUAUUGUUGGAAAGCUGGGGCAUCAAGCCGGAAACCGUGACAGGUCACUCGAGUGGUGAGAUAGCUGCCGCUUUCACAGCACGAUUCAUUACAUUCAAGUCUGCCAUUGCUAUUGCAUACUUCCGUGGACAGGCAGCUGCUAUCUUGUCUCGUGAGCAGAAACAGCGAGGCGCCAUGUUGGCUCUGGGUAUCGGCGCCGAAGAGGCAUCACAGCUCAUUGAGGAACAUGCCAACGGUCAUUACGCAACCGUUGCCGCGAUCAACAGCCCGAAGAGUGUGACAAUUUCGGGAGACCAACUCGCCAUUGAGCAUAUCCACAAGGAGGCGGAAGCAAAGGGUGUUUUUGCCCGGAAGCUCAAAGUUCAGAUGGCCUACCACUCACGUCACAUGGAAGCCGUAGCAGACUUCUAUCUUGAUGCCAUCAAGCCGUACUGUGGAGUUGAGAGCACACCCGGAAUUGAUGAGAAUGGUACUCGCCCCAGAUUCGUUUCGUCUGUUACGACGAACUUUCUGGAAGCAGAGGAUGUUGAUGCAAGCUACUGGGUCAAAAAUCUGGUCCGGCCGGUCAAGUUUGCAAACGCCAUCCAGGCUAUGGUUACGCCGCAGAAGAGUGCCAAGGCAAAUGCUAUUAGCUACACCGUCCCCACUGCCAUCUUGGAAAUUGGGCCGCAUGCUGCUCUGAAAACUCCAAUUAUGCAGACGGUAGAGCUGACUCGUGCGGAGCAAGGUCAAACAGGUGCCUUCACAUAUCUUGCCUCGCUGCUGCGUGGCUCGAGCAGUGUUGAUGCUGUGUUGGAACUUGCUGGCUCUCUAUUCAACCUAGGGGCUCCGAUACAACUAGGCCAAGUCAACCAAACAAACAUGCAAAAUGCCGAUGUGGUCACUGGCCUUCCAGCAUAUGCAUGGGACAAGUCUGUGAGCUACGAAGUCAGACCCCGUGCCACCCACCAGAAACUUUUCCCAGGAGAGACCUUUCACCCCCUCCUCGGAAGGAGGAUUGACACCGAUGGAGGGAAAACCCGUGUUUAUAGACAGGUCUUCACUCUCGAUGAAAUGCCCUGGAUUCGGGACCAUGUGGUAGCUGGUGCUGUCAUCUUCCCCAUGACCGGAUACAUGUCAUGCGCCAUUGAAGCCGCGAGACGGGCUGUGGCCACGCCGGCGGGUUCCUUUCUUAUUCGCGACUUUCAUGUUGUUGCGCGACUAGAGAUUCAGGAGGAAGAACAAGUUGAUAUGGUUACACGCUUGACCCCAGCUACAAUUGGAACCGGUUCCUUCUCGUCAACGUCUUGGUCUUUCGAGAUUUCAACAUGGACAAAGGCCGGUGGUUGGACUAUCCAUGCGUACGGCCGAAUUGAACCCGAUGAGGACAUGAAGACUGAAACCCCGACAUUGAAAACGGCCUUGCCUCUGGUCAACUCUACUUCGACGCUGAUUGAACACGAUAUCGCCCACGCAUAUGAGUAUGCUGGUGUGAGAGCAACACAAUACGGCCCAACGUUCCGGAAUUCUGUUAGAUUCUUCGAAGGAGACGGCUAUACGGUUCUGGAGCACAAGCUUCGUGACCUCGGCAACUUGCAGGGCAAUAUCGGCCCUUACGGCUCCCAUGUUACUGUUGAUCCGCCAACAUUGGAUGGCUUCCUUCAGGGAGGCGGUCCGCUCCAGCAGACAGAAGACGGGAAAAGGCCUGCACAAAUGCCCAAUUAUAUUAGCCGAUUCCGUAUCUCUAAUACUAUCCCGUCGACUUUGAAGCAGCGGUUCGACAUCGUCACGCGCUUACUGGAUUACGAUGUAAAAGGAGGUCGAAUGUCAAUCAGCGUGUCUGCCUUUUCGAGACAGGCAGAUGGUUCACUCAUCCCCGUGGCUGAAUGGGAGUCGGUGGCAUUCCGCUCCAUCGGAUCAGCCGAUGAAGACCCUGACCCAGCUGCCAGCAUUCCCGACAACUGGGUUUGGGAAAUGCUGCCCAGAAUCGAUCUCAUGGAUCCUGAUAAGGUGUCUAAGAAGUUUGAUGUCGGCAGCUUCGAUGAGAUCCAAAUCUCACACAUGCGUGAUUUGGAAAUUGCGGCCGCAUACUAUCUUUACCACGCGCUGCGAGAGACUGCUGGGGAUGACACUACAGAGCGUCCAUUCCAUCUAUCUCGUUUUGCGGCUUGGGCAGAGAGAUAUGUCGCCAAACACAACGUCAAGUUUGACACUGAACCAACGGCUCUCUUGCAAAAGGUACGAUCGCACGAUGCCCAAGGCGAGAUGCUCUGCGCAGUUGGUGAGGGGCUUGUACAGAUCCUACGGGGAGAAAUAGAGCCGCUCGAAAUUAUGCUCGCGGAUGGCCUGCUUACUCGCCACUACGAGGCAGACGUAGUAAACGAGCGUCUCAGCAAAGUCCUCGGUGAUGUUGUACUCAACUUUUCCAACUUGGAGCCCAAUCUUCGCAUUCUGGAAAUCGGUGCCGGAACAGCUGGUACCACGCUCCCAGUUCUCGAAGCCUUGUCGAAGAACGUUCCACAGGGCGCGUUCCUUGAAUACACCUUUACCGAUAUUUCCUCUGGCUUUUUUGAGAAUGCUCGGAACAAAUUGUCCAAGUGGUCUAAACACAUCACGUACAAAAAGCUCGACAUCAGCCAGGAUCCCCUGCCGCAGGGUUUCACCGCUGGAGAAUAUGACAUUGUCGUUGCUGCCAACGUUUUGCACGCGACUCAAAACAUGAAGACCACGAUGAACAACUUGCGACUUUUGCUGAAGCCUAAAGGCAAAGUCGUCGUAUUGGAAGGAAACCAUCACCCCGCUCUGGCCACGCCGUUUGUCCUCCUUCCCGGCUGGUGGUAUGCGGAAGACGAAUAUCGCGAUCUGCAAGAAGGGCCUAUGAUGCCUACAAAGGUUUGGAAUCGCCUCUUACAGGACACUGGGUUCUCUGGGAUCGAUGUCUGCAUUCAAGGUAGCAUUGGUUCCGGCGACGAGACCAUGAGCAUCAUGUGUUCUAGCAAAGUGGCACAUCGGGAAGACACCGGCUCUAUCACGGUUUGCGGUCCAUUGAUGGACGAUGACGAAGUCACUUUUGCCCAGACGGUGGUUGAUGCCAUUUCAGAACGUCUUGGGGUUCCAGUCGACUUGAAGCCUAUUGCUGAGAUCGAACCGUCAAGCAACUCCUACUACAUUGUUAUUGAUUCGCCCAGUGAUUCAUUCCUACGAGAUGUUUCCGCCGAAAAAUUUGAAGUACUCAAGGGACUACUUACACACAAUGCUGGACUCUUGUGGGUUAUCCCCCAGGCUGAUGUCCCAGAGUACAAAUUCAUCAAGGGCAUGCUGCGAACGCUGCGAAUUGAGUCAGACAGCAAGAGCCUGCUCUCGUUUGACGAUGUGCCAUAUACACAGCAAGGAGUUUCUGCUAUCCUCAAGCUCGUCAGGCCGUUGCUGGACCCGGAGAUGACACGCGCGCAGGACCAAGAUUUCGUGUGGCACGACGAGUCUAUUCACGUGCCGAGAAUGCGAAUGCUCAAAGAUGCCAAGGAAACGUUUGCUGUAGAGGAGGGCGUUUCUUUCCGCAAGGAACAGAAUAUAUGGGAGGGUGAUCGCUCCUUGGAGAUGACCAUUGAGGUUGCAGGCAGCCCCGAUUCGAUUUAUUUCCGCAGAACCAACGAUCUACAAAACCCUCUUGCUGAGAACGAGAUCGUCGUUGAAGUUGAAGCUGUUGGUGUGAGCCACCGCGAUCUUGAUCUCGUCCUGGGUGCCAUCUCCUGGGCUCCGCCAGGCUAUGAUGGAGCUGGCAGAGUCGUCAAGGUUGGUCCCGGCGUGGCAGAUUUACAGGAAGGCGAUAAGGUCAUGUUUUUGGCAUUGGAAGGAAGUGCCUUCUCGACGUACAAGAAGAUGCCGGCGUCGCAUGCUGCCAGAGUUCCGGGCUACCUGAGCAUCACAGACGCCGCAAGCAUGCCGCUCGCAUACUCUCUCGCAGUUCUGGCCCUCAUCAGCACCGCCCGUCUACGCAAGAAUGAAACCGUGCUCAUUCACUCUGCGGCUGGCGCGGUUGGCCAAGCUUGUGUUGUAGUUGCACAACAUCUCGGAGCUCGAGUUCUCGUCACGGCUGGUACGAGCGAGAAGAGAGAGUUCUUACAUAAAGAACUGGGAGUGCCCUCGGAGCUCAUUUUUUCGAGCCGCACGGCACACUUUCGAGACCAAAUUCUCUGUGCAACUGAAGGCAAAGGCGUUGAUGUUAUUGUCAAUUCCAUCGGCGGCGAGCUCCUGGCAGACACCUGGGCAUUGGCAGCACGAUUCGGUCGAUUCGUGGAAAUUGAUAAGAAAGCUGCCUUCCAUAACAACAACUUACCCAUGAGAACGUUUGAUAAGAACGUUUCUUUCACCAGCAUCGACCUUCGUGGAAUGUUCCAGUACAAGCCGGAAGAGGUGAAAGAAUUGUUCAGCCAGGUUGUGCAACUGCUGCGACAACAAAUCAUUGCCCCUAUCAAGCCAGUGACUGUUCUGCCGCUGUCCCAGUUUUCAUCUGCUCUACGCAAGAUCAGAUCCGGUGACAGCAUUGGUAAGAUUGUCGUCACCCUGGGGAAGGAGGAACAUGCCAUUGCCGAGAGUGCCUUGCGGCCGACACCAUUUGCACUCAAGGCAGACGCGAGCUAUCUCAUCACUGGUGGAACUCGUGGUAUCGGUCUCAACCUGGCCUAUUGGAUGAUCGAGAACGGAGCACGAAACAUCGUCUUGCUAGGCCGCAGCGGAGGCUCCAACCCGGAAGUCAAGAAGUUGUUGGAGAAAUACGAAGGUACCGAUGUUACUGUCCGGGCUCUAGCCUGUGAUGUUGGAUCUCGGGAGCAAGUUGUCAAUGUUGUCGACUCAAUCCAAGACCUUCCCCCAAUUCGUGGAGUUGUUCAUAGUGCCCUUCUCCUGAGCGACACAUUAUUUGAGAAUGCCAGCUACACGGACUGGGAGACUGUCAUGGGUCCUAGAGUUCAAGGAGCAUGGAACCUCGAUGAGUUGAUGCCAGACGACCUUGACUUUUUCAUUGCACUUGGAUCGUUCCUCGGUGACACUGGAAAUGGUGGACAGGCCAUUUACGCUGGCACAGCAGCAUUUUACGACGCUUUCGCGCAAUAUCGCAAUGCUCGCGGCAAACACACUGUGUCCAUUGCCCUCCCCGUGGUUCUGGACGUCGGUUACGUUGCUGACAGGAGUCUCAGCGACACCCUCCAAGAGACUCUGGGUGCUACACUGACAAUGGCCAACAUCCGAACCAUCUUCAAAGGCAUCAUCAGCAAGUCAUCCCUGUUCUACAACAACGGCAAGACGGCAGUUUUCAAGUUGUAUCUCGACGGUAACACGGUACAAGAUGGCCCUUGGGAAUACAUCCACCCUGUUCAUGCUAUUGAGCGACUCAAGGCAGACAAGAACAAGAGAGACGCGGCUGGUGGGGGUGGUGAUGUGUACUCGACUUCGUGGACAGCCGCCGAGAACCCACUGCAGGGUUUGACGGAUGCGCUUAUUGCCAAGGUCGCUGCAAUGGCUAUCAUGGAGCGCGAGGAGGUUGAUCCAGAUGCGCCUGUGGCGUCGUAUAAUUUGGACUCGCUUGUGUCGGUUGAGCUGCGAAACUGGAUUCGCAGGGAGACGGGAGUUGAGCUUCUGUUGAGUGCGAUUACACAGGCAGCGAGUUUGAGGGCGCUGGCGACGGAUAUUCUCGAGCAGAGGAAUGGUGCGACUGAGAAAGCAAGCUUUGCAAAAGUCAUCACAGGCAUCUGCUCAACCUCAGAACCAUCUCACAACACCAUCCCAAAACAUCACAGCAUCACCACUCACAACACCUCCAUCAAAAUGACGUCCCCCAAACUCAAAGGCUUCGAAGUCCUCCAAACCCCCUACAAAACCAUCAACAACCACCCCAUCCGCACCGACAUCCUCAUCCCACAAACCCUCCAACCCGGCAAACGACCCAUCAUUGUCCGCUUCCACGGCGGCGGCCUGAUCAUGGGCGACUCACUCUACAUGCCCUUUUUCCCCCACUGGCUGUCUGACCUCGCCCUCACAACCUCCGCCAUCACCAUCUCCCCCAACUACCGCCUCCUCCCUGAAGCUACCACACCCGAAAUCUUCAGCGACAUCUCCUCUUUCUGGGAAUACUUGCACUCCCCCACACUCACAGACCUCCUCUCGUCACAAUCACCGCCCGUGGAAAUCGAUCUCGCCCGUAUCCUCCUGGCAGGCGACUCGGCAGGCGGGCUCCUCAGCGUAAGCACGGCGCUGAACCGCCCUCAAGAUGUGAGCGCCGCCAUCGCCACGUACCCCUGGGUCGAUACCGUUGGUCCUGAAUUCGUAACACCACGAGAUAGAGCGCCCUUUGGAGAGAGUAUCCCCCAAUCAUUUUAUGAUGAGACCCUUGCCGCGACAAAGGGCAAGUCCGCAGAAACUUCGUUGACGUCUGAGGCGAGACUGCAGUUCAUGUUGGCAGCGAUUCAGUACGGCCAACUGGGGAGGUUAUAUGGGCAGGAGACGGGGGAUGCUACGCCUUCGGAGAGGAGGGUGUAUUUCCCGAUGGAGGCUUUGGAGGCAGAUAAUGUGAGCAUUCCAAAGGGCGGCAUUGUCAUCUUGCACGGGAAGGAUGAUAGUGUAGUGCCGGUGCAGACGGUGCGGCGGUUUGUGAAACGUGCGAGGGAGGUGCUCGGUGAUGGGGUGAGUCUGACGGAGAGGGAUGGUGAGCAUGGAUUUGACUCUGAGCUGAGGCUUGAUGAUGAGGGAUGGUUAAAAGAUGCGCUGAAAGGCGCAAUUGAUGCUUGGUUGUCAUGA